AUGGACGCCACUACCGCUGUGACAAAUGUCAAUGUUGUGGCCUCCUACCUGAACAACAUUGAGACGCUCAAUGGAGCGAAUUUUCCUGACUGGAAGGGCAAGUUCAUGACGUGCUUGGCUUGGAAUGAUCUUGAUUUGGCAUUAAGGGAGGAUAAGCCUACUGUUGCUGCAGGACAGACUUCAGCUGCUCUGGAAAAGUGGGCAAGAUCAGACCGCAUGGUACUUAUGGUCAUGUCUCAGACCAUCAGUGCUGGCAUUAAGGGCGCCAUCCCCACCAAGGAUGUGCAGGGAGUCGAUUUGAGUGCUAAGGCCUUUCUGGCAAAGAUUGAGGAGAACUUCAAGAGCUCAUCCAAGACUUAUGGAAGCACUCUCAUCAUGAAGUUAGUGGCCUCUCAGUAUGAUGGGAAGACUGGCAUCAGGCAGCACAUUCUCAACAUGUGUGACAUGGCCAACAAGCUUAAGAAGAUGUAG